AUGCGGCGCAGAGGCUUUCACAGCAUCAGACCCUCAUCAGGGAACCACACUCUCAUCAGGGAACCACACUCUCAUCAGGGAACCACACCCUCAUCAGGGAACCACACCCUCAUCAGGGAACCACACUCUCAUCAGGGAAACACACUCUCAUCAGGGAACCACACUCUCAUCAGGGAAACACACUCUCAUCAGGGAACCACACUCUCAUCAGGGAAACACACUCUCAUCAGGGAACCACACUCUCAUCAGGGAAACACACUCUCAUCAGGGAAACACACUCUCAUCAGGGAAACACACUCUCAUCAGGGAAACACACUCUCAUCAGGGAACCACACCCUCAUCAGGGAACCACACCCUCAUCAGGGAACCACACCCUCAUCAGGGAAACACACUCUCAUCAGGGAACCACACCCUCAUCAGGGAACCACACCCUCAUCAGGGAACCACACCCUCAUCAGGGAACCACACUCUCAUCAGGGAACCACACUCUCAUCAGGGAACCACACUCUCAUCAGGGAACCACACUCUCAUCAGGGAACCACACUCUCAUCAGGGAAACACACUCUCAUCAGGGAACCACACUCAUAUCAGGGAACCACACUCAUAUCAGGGAACCACACUCAUAUCAGGGAACCACACUCAUAUCAGGGAACCACACUCAUAUCAGGGAACCACACUCAUAUCAGGGAACCACACUCUCAUCAGGGAACCACACUCUCAUCAGGGAACCACACCCUCAUCAGGGAACCACACUCUCAUCAGGGAACCACACUCUCAUCAGGGAACCACACCCUCAUCAGGGAACCACACCCUCAUCAGGGAACCACACCCUUAUCAGGGAACCACACUCUCAUCAGGGAACCACACCCUCAUCAGGGAACCACACUCUCAUCAGGGAAACACACUCUCAUCAGGGAACCACACUCUCAUCAGGGAACCACACUGCUGCUGUUGAAAGAAAAACAGAAGAAAUUGCUGCGUUUCAUUGGGGUGGCCUGCAGGGGGCGCUUAUCUGGGAAAGCCUUGAUCCACCUCCGCCUCGUUCCAACACCGCGGACCAUAGACACGCGGCCCAUAGACACGCGGACCAUAGACACGCUAGACACGCGGACCAUAGACACGCUAGACACGCGGACCAUAGACACGCUAGACACGCGGACCAUAGACACACGGACCAUAGACACACUAGACACGCGGACCAUAGACACACGGACCAUAGACACGCUAGACACGCGGACCAUAGACACGCGGACCAUAGACACACGGACCGUAGACACGCUAGACACGCGGACCAUAGACACGCUAGACACGCGGACCAUAGACACGCUAGACACUCGGACCAUAGACACACGGACCAUAGACACACUAGACACGCGGACCAUAGACACACGGACCAUAGACACGCUAGACACGCGGACCAUAGACACGCGGACCAUAGACAAGCGGACCAUAGACACGCGGACCAUAGACACGCGGACCAUAGACACACGGGACCAUAGACACGCUAGACACGCGGACCAUAGACACGCGGACCAUAGACCCACGGACCAUAGACACGCGGACCAUAGACACGCGGACCAUAGACACGCUAGACACACGGACCAUAGACACGCUAGAUACGCGGACCAUAGACACGCGGACCAUAGACACGCGGACCAUAGACACGCUAGACACGCGGACCAUAGACACGCGGACCAUAGACACACGGACCACACGCUAGACACGCGGACCAUAGACACGCUAGACACUCGGACCAUAGACACACGGACCAUAGACACACUAGACACGCGGACCAUAGACACACGGACCAUAGACACGCUAGACACGCGGACCAUAGACACGCGGACCAUAGACAAGCGGACCAUAGACACGCGGACCAUAGACACGCGGACCAUAGACACAAGGACCAUAGACACGCUAGACACGCGGACCAUAGACACGCGGACCAUAGACCCACGGACCAUAGACACGCGGACCAUAGACACGCGGACCAUAGACACGCGGACCAUAGACACGCUAGACACGCGGACCAUAGACACGCUAGAUACGCGGACCAUAGACACGCGGACCAUAGACACGCGGCCCAUAGACACGCUAGACACGCGGACCAUAGACACGCGGACCAUAGACACACGGACCGUAGACACGCUAGACACGCGGACCAUAGACACGCGGACCAUAGACACGCUAGACACGCGGACCAUAGACACGCUAGACACGCGGACCAUAGACACGCGGACCAUAGACACGCUAGACACGCGGACCAUAGACACGCUAGACACGCGGACCAUAGACACGCUAGACACGCGGACCAUAGACACGCGGACCAUAGACACACGGACCAUAGACACGCUAGACACGCGGACCAUAGACAAGCGGACCAUAGACAAGCGGACCAUAGACACGCGGACCAUAGACACACGGACCAUAGACACGCUAGACACGCGGACCAUAGACACGCGGACCAUAGACACACGGACCAUAGACACGCGGACCAUAGACACGCGGAUCAUAGACACGCGGACCAUAGACACGCUAGACACGCGGACCAUAGACACGCUAGAUAUGCGGACCAUAGACACACGGACCAUAGACACGCGGACCAUAGACACGCGGACCAUAGACACGCGGACCAUAGACACGCGGACCAUAGACACGCGGACCAUAGACACACGGACCAUAGACACGCGGACCAUAGACACGCGGACCAUAGACACGCCAGACACGCGGACCAUAGACACGCGGACCAUAGACACGCUAGACACGCGGACCAUAGACACCUAG